AUGUCUGAAGGCAGUGGUGCUCCAGCACGAGUUUCCUAUAUCUUCCCGGAAACUGGGACGAAUGAGCUUGCGGACCAAAUUCGCGCAAGGAGAGGCGGAAAGGAGCUACUUGAUCUGGACGGAAUCUUGCUCCAUUCUCCGCCUAUAGCCCAAAGCUGGAACGCUUUCGGAGCGGCUAUCAGGUCGAAGAGCACAUUGUCCCUUGACCUUGUCGAGCUGCUGAUAUGCAGAGUCGCUGUUCUGAAUGGGGCCGCUUUCGUCUGGCGCGAACAUUCUCCCAUUGCUCUUCAAGCAGGGAUUCCUCAGGCCACUCUCCAUAUCCUCCGAACAGCCCCAGCCUUCUCCUUUUCCUCCACCGCCGCUCCAGCUGCUGCCUCCACCACCACCACGUACGACUUCCCUGAAGUUCACGCGGCCUUGCUCGAUUAUGUGGAUCAUAUGACGAAGGCGGUCAAAGUACCGUCCGCGGUGUUCGCAAGGGUCAAAAAUGCCAUAACUUCCGUAAGUACGACCGAUCCAAGCCAGACCGGAGAAGCUGGUGAGGCAGAUAAGAUUGUGGAGAGGAAGGUGGUUGAGGUGACAACUACGAUUGCGGGCUAUAAUAUGGUGACGAGGGUGGUUAUGGCGUUGGAUGUAGGCGGUUUAGAGAGCGAGGAGGUGCCUGUCCCGAGUGUCGGUUGA